ACACAGCAGUGGUGAUAAAAUAUGAAGAAUUCAUUGGUGCGCUUUCAGUCUAGUUUUAGUAAUUCAAACGGUCGCUCAACAUUGGUGUGGCGGAAAAUUUAUUCUAAAAACGAUAACGAGUGUUAAGAAAACUAAAAAAAAGUUUAAUAUUAAUAAAAUUAAAUUUUACAAAAAAUAACGAUUAUUACACGGGAAACGCGUGCGCAUGCGCAUUUGUGCAUUUCCGUUAAAAACAAAAAUAUUGAGCUUUGUGUAGAAAAUGUUAGCAGUAACGAGAAUUUGUGCAUGAAAAAGUUAUUUAUCAACGAAAAAUCGCGUAAUUUUAAAUAUUAAAUUACAUACAUAAUAAAAAUGUAUCAGUGCCACAGACAUUCCACGAAAAUAUUGAUCGUGCUUCUAGGCUUCGUCUGCCUUAGUCAACAACUCGCGCAUCCACAAGGAUAUUCUCAAGUGCUGCACAGCGGCAGUGAUAGCCCGCACAAUGAAGGACCAAAAAUCUUUAAAGCGCUUAACAUGGAUUUGAUUUAUCCAAGAACUUUCAAUUCAAGUGAAAAUGUAAUUUCGACUACCGAAACACAAGUCAAACCAAAUGAACCACCCUAUGGAGAUGAAACUCACGUGUACGCAGCCGAGCAGCCAAUUUUAUACGUAACGCCACCAACAGGCCUGAAAGAUGAUGGUAGCAAUAUUGAAAUUAAUUCACCGCAUACGGAGGCCGCAACUUUAGCAACACCAACCAACCAUAAUCCAGUGUUCACCGCUGAUAAUGAGCAACAGCAAUCAGAUGCUUAUGACAUGCCUGCGGCUUCAACGCUGCCGGAGCCAUUGCCUGCUUUACAAGAGUAUGCUUCGACUGGACGCGCUGUCGAUUACAAUCGGCCAACAUAUAAUUUUAAUCAGCUUAUCACGCCUUUAAUCAAAAGCCCACCAUUACCAGCGCCAACGGUACGUGGACAGCCGGCCACAUCCAAUAUUGGUAAAAUAGUCUACCCCCAGGCGUUUAACCAACGUAGGCCACCAAACCAAGCGGAAAUUAAUAAACUCAGUGGUAAAGCCCAAUUUAGUGAUCGCUUCACGCCCGGUGAAGCAGUCGCUGCAGGACAAUUCGCUAAGCAUCAUCAUAAACAUAAUCACGCGAAUUCCAAUUCUGGCAGCAACAAAGUGGCAGCCGCUUCUCAGAUUGUGCAACAAACAUACAAACCGCCGGAAAAUAUCUACACAUUCCCACCAAACAUUGGUUCGCAUUACUCGUCACCAUACCAAGAUCCCAAAGCGGCUUUACCCUCAAGCAAUGUAAAUAGUUAUGCUGCCGCGCCAUCCGGUCCGGUACAACCGAAUACCAUUACCGCGGCUAGUAGCAAUGAUAACGGUUAUAAAUACCCGGGUCCCACGAACCCCAGCUAUCUACCGCCAGUAGGUAAAGAUGCCGAUGGUGCAAAAAUGCCCGCAACAAGCGAUGAUAGCCCCAGCGACACAGACACUGAUGAUACCAUCGGUGUGCUACCGGCCAGCGCCAUGGGUGAUGACGAUAAAAACGCCGCUAUAGCUGACAAUAAUGCUGGUGGAGAUGAUAUGGGUGCAAUGGCAGAUGACAAUGAUCAUGACCAGGAACAUCCACCACCGGUUGAUGAUACAGAGUACCCGACACCACCACCUGGUUGGGUGGAACAACAACCCGAUACAGCACCCAUUCAUGCAUUCCCACAUGAUCAUUCCUAUCACGAUCAUUCUUAUGGUUUUCACGAUCAUUUUCCCUCAUAUCCACAAUACUUUCCACAUUAUCCUGAAAUCAUUUAUGACGAUCAUCAUCAUCAUCACGAUCAUCCACCGCCCACAUUACCACCAGUUACUACAGAAAUGCCACCACCCGAACCGCCACCGGAGCCACGUGUCAAGAAAUACAGUUACUUUUAUAUUGGACGCAAAUUGUGGUACAUACCGCUCUACUUCACCGUCUGGUUCAGUUUUUACGUACUCUGGCUUAUACUCAAAUCGAUUGCGCGGCAUAAGGUUAAUUUACCAAAUCAUUAUGUCAGCAAGCGUAGCUUACCCGAUUUUGUGGCGUCUGAGACACAAGCAAAGGAGUAUAUAAAUGAUCUAACCGUAUCGGUGCUGGAGAAGAUUGAAAAAUUCCAAAGGAAUUAUUUAACAUGACCGAAAAUUGAUAAUUUGAAAUGACCACUGAAUAGAAAACGCUGUACAUUUGUUGAAUAAAUAUUAUAAAAUUCUUUA